CAUCCACAUUCUGCUGAAACUCCGCGGGGUAAAGGAAGUUGUACAAACAACCGAUACAAAUGCUAUUUUCCUAGCUUUGCAGUCCUAAUUGAAGAGAAAAUGGAACAACCAGUAGAAGAGGCGAAGAGGAGAUGUCGAGCCCUAAUAAGCCAGAUAAAGAACUCGCCUAAAUCCCCGUCAUCGUGGAAGACGACCCUUUUGCGACUCGUCAACUCUGAGCUUUCUUUCCUCGACCGCCUGAACCACUCCUCCGUCUCACCUUCCGUGCCUCUCAGCCUCAACAUCGGCCACCUUGAAGCGGUCUGUUACAUUCUCGGCCUCCCAUCUGUCACCUCCAUCGCGCGGGUCUGCAAAUCCAUUCCAACAUCUCCUCCGCAGAAUCGCAGAACGGGCGAUUCUAGAAGAUAUAUAGAUAUAGUGUGUUGUCACAAUGGGAACCCUGUUUGGAUCCUCGUCUCAGAUCGAAAUCCCAAGUACAAUGACUUCAAUGAAUUGCGAGGUCGUGUUGUAGACGUGGUGAAGGCUGCUCGCGAUUCGCCUUUAACUGUAAGGCCAUCUUCUGUUAUCCUUUCGUUUUUGAAUGGCCUCCGAGAUGGUGUUAUUCAGAAGCUCCGAGAUGAAUUUGAAACCACUGAAUUUGCUGGGUUUGGGGACUCCUCAUCAUUUGAGCAUGAGCUCAAGGAGGAGGAAGGUGAUUGGGUCAAUGUGCUACCUUGCCGUUCUUUUGAAAGGGCCUGCUUUUUGGAGAUAAGGAUUGAGUCUUUUUACAGUAGUACGGAACUUGUUUAUUCCAAGAGGGAAGUAAAAAUUGAAAAUUCCGUAGAGCAUUUGGAAAUGGAUAAAAAUACUGCUUUGAAUUUAGGGGAAUCGUUUUGUUCUCUUGUGUCAAGAAUGAAGAGCUGGUCAGCUGGGGACAUUGGAGGGAAUGCUGAACUAGUUAACUUUGAUACAACUGCUCUAGUUGCUGCCGUGUCAGGGAUAAGCAAUGGAGCUACCUUUAAUGUUCCAGAGAGUGAUUUGAGGGCUCGGUUCAAGGGAAAUUGUGAUUUUGUGAUACAUCAGGUGGAUACUGAAAUGAUGAGUCCAAUCCAUGCAGUCAUGUCUGAUGCAAUAUCUGGAAAGAGAGGGAUUGUUUGUGAAAGUGUUUUCUCAGAAUUUCAGGAGAUAGUAUCAAUGUGCGGUGGGCCAAGAGAAAAGUUAAGAGCUCAGCACCUUCUGGAGAAACUCAAGGUUGUUCCUGACAGCCCGUCGGCACGUGUGAUGAGCCUUCCCACGACCAGAAAGUUGGCCUUGAAGAACAAAGUGGCUUUCGGGACAGGCGAUCACUGGCAUGCUCCAACCAUAACUGCAAACAUGGCUUUUGUAAGAGCAGUUUCACAAACUGGGAUGUCUCUGUUUACCUUAGAGCACAGUCCUCGGGCACUAGUUGGCGACUGACAGGGAUGGAUUUAGGGGGGGCGCGAGGGGGCGACCGCCCCCCUUGGACUUUCAAAAUUUUCUACC